AUGGACCAGUUUCUUGCAAAGGUGCUCUGCUUGUCAGUAAACACACCCACAGAGCGCAAACUCGCACAUCAGCUACUUGACAUGGCAUUGCCACUUUGCCACACACCUACUGUUCUGGUCAACUGGCUCUACAAAGACGUUCAAGAGGGCACCGAUAUUCCCAUUUCAAAGUUUGAGGAUGUGAUCCCAGGGUAUCUGAUUAGGCAUCUACCAACCUACAUCGAACCGUUGCGAAUUGCCUGUGGGAAUGAGUACACCAUGCGCAAGACACUCGGGUCAC